CGGGGUGGGACCCCCCUGCUGGGCCAUGAGCGCCCCCUUGUAGCCGCGGAGCCGCGCGGGUCCCCCCGGCCAGCCCCCGCGCCCGGCGCCCGGGGAAGAUGUCUUCGCGCACCGCCCUGGCGUCUGGCAACGAGCGGAACUCGGACGCGCACUCCACCCUGGCCAGCAGCCGCUCGGAGAAGGGCUCAUCGUGGUCCAGCCGGUCGCUGGGUGCGCGCUGCCGGAACUCCAUCGCCUCCUGCACCGACGAGCAGCCCCACAUCGGCAACUAUCGACUCCUCAAAACCAUUGGCAAGGGCAACUUCGCCAAGGUCAAGCUGGCCCGGCACAUCCUGACAGGCAGAGAGGUUGCAAUAAAAAUAAUUGACAAGACACAGCUGAACCCCACAAGCCUCCAGAAGCUCUUCCGGGAAGUGCGGAUCAUGAAGGGACUGAACCACCCCAACAUCGUGAAGUUGUUUGAGGUGAUAGAGACGGAGAAAACACUCUACCUGGUGAUGGAAUAUGCCAGCGCUGGCGAAGUCUUUGACUACCUCGUGUCACACGGACGGAUGAAGGAGAAGGAAGCCCGGGCAAAAUUCAGACAGAUCGUCUCGGCCGUGCACUAUUGUCACCAGAAGAACAUCGUGCACCGAGACCUGAAGGCGGAGAACCUGCUGCUGGACGCCGACGCCAACAUCAAGAUCGCCGACUUCGGGUUCAGCAACGAGUUCACGCUGGGCUCCAAGCUGGACACGUUCUGUGGGAGCCCCCCCUACGCCGCCCCCGAGCUCUUCCAGGGCAAGAAAUACGACGGGCCCGAGGUCGACAUCUGGAGCCUAGGCGUCAUCCUCUACACCCUGGUCAGCGGCUCGCUGCCCUUCGACGGGCAGAACCUCAAGGAGCUGCGGGAGCGCGUGCUGCGAGGCAAGUACCGCGUCCCCUUCUACAUGUCCACAGACUGCGAGACCAUCCUGCGCCGCUUCCUGGUGCUCAACCCUGCCAAGCGCUGCACCCUGGAGCAAAUCAUGAAGGACAAAUGGAUCAACAUCGGCUAUGAGGGCGACGAGCUGAAGCCCUACAAGGAGCCUGAGGAGGAUUUUGGGGACACCAAGCGCAUCGAGGUGAUGGUGGGAAUGGGAUACACCCGCGAGGAGAUCAAGGAAGCCCUGAACAGCCAAAAAUACAAUGAGGUCACGGCCACCUACCUCCUGCUGGGCAGGAAGAACGAGGUGGAGGGGAGUGAGUCACGCACGGGCAGCAGCCUCUCCCUGGCCCGCGUGCGGGCACCCAGCGAGGUUUCCAAUGGCACCAGCAAAUCGUCCUCCCAUGGCAAGAGCCAGCGCAGCUCCUCCACCUACCACCGGCAGCGGCGGCACAGUGACUUCUGUGGCCCCUCGCCGGUCCCCAUGCACCCCAAGAGGAGCCCCACGAGCACUGGGGAGGCAGAGCUGAAGGAGGAGCGGAUGCCCUCGCGUAAGGCCAGCUGCAGCGUGGUGAGCAGCGGGCGCGGGAUCCCCCCCUCCAGCCCCAUGGUGAGCAGCGCCAACAACCCCAACAAAUCAGAGAUCCCCGACCGGCGCAAGGACAGCACCAUCACCACGAACAACAUCCCGUCGAGCGUGAUGACGCGGAGGAACACGUACGUGUGCACGGAGCGGCCUGGCACCGACCGCCACUCACUGCUGCACAACGGCAAGGAGAACAGCUCCAUCGCCAACCGGGUGCCCCCCGCGUCGCCCUCCAGCCACAGCAUCGCCACGUCCUCCUCGUCCUCGGACCGCACCCGCCUCUCGCGUGGCACCACCAUCCGCAGCACCUUCCACGGGGGCCAGGUGCGGGACCGGCGCGGGGCCGUGCAGAACGGGCCGCCCACCUCCCCCACGCUGUCCCACGAGGCCACGCCGCUGCCCCAGAGCCGCAGCCGCGCCACCUCCAACCUCUUCAGCAAACUCACCUCCAAGCUGACGCGGAGGGUCGCAGACGAACCUGAGAGAAUCGGGGGACCUGCGCUCACAAGUUGCAAUUUACCUUGGAAUCAAAAGGAAGCAGAACCCCGGCUGCUCCGAUGUACCUGGAAUGUGAAGGUGACCAGCACCCACCCCCCCGAGGCCAUGAUGGCUGCCCUGCGCCAGGCCACGGACUCGGCCAGCUGCCGCUGCCGCCAGCUGGAGCCCUUCCUCCUGUCCUGCACGCACGCCAAGAGCGCCAGCGAGCACUUCUGCCACUUCGAGGCGGAGGUGUGCCGGCUGCAGCGCCUCGGCCUCACCGGCGUGCUCUUCCGGCGCCUGGCCGGCACCUCGCUGGCCUUCCGCACCGUGGUGACGAGCAUUGCCAGCCAGCUGCAGCUCUAGCGCCCUGGACGCCUCCCCACGCCCAGCGGCCUGCCCGUCCCCACUGGCUCCCUGGCCUGGAGCCAGUGCAGCCCUGAGAUGGACCUGGCCAGCAGCUCGGCCUGGAGGGGAAAUGCCCCUGACCCCUCUGGCCUGUGAACCCGGCCUCUCCUCUUCUGGGCCUAGGCCUGGGGCCCGCCCUGCUGCUCAUAGGGGCUCACAGGGAGAGCCAGGGCACCGGGCACUGUUGCUCUCUGGGGCAAGGGGCUGGGGCCAGGCCCGGGGCUGCCCCACACACAGUGGGGCGUGCCCAGCCUAGUGCAGCAGGGGGCUCCCCAGGCCAAUUGUGGGGUGUCACCGAGCUACUGGCCCUAGGAUAGGGGGGGACACUCCCAACCUUGGCAGGUGUUGGGGUGAUAACAUUGGCAGGGACAGGGCAGGGCCCUCUGGGGGGGGGGACGCUCUGGGCUGGGGGGGCUCAGGGCACAGGGGGGCACUCCAGGUUUGACAGGCCACUGUGGGCUGAGGGCAGGGCAGGGGGCUCUGGGCUGGGGGCGAUGCAGUGGGGCCGGAGUGAGAAGCUAGACGCUCGGGACAGCAGUGUCGCCACCGGGCCCACAGUUUCAUCCGCCUCCAGCUCUGGGCCAGAGGGGAGCCCCAUCUCCCUGGGUGGCCGAGAGGUCACAAGUCUCCCCGGCACAGGGACAAGGGGGGACCCUCUCUAGGCACAGCAGUGCUGAGCAGGGGCCAGGGCGAGUGCGGGGUCCUCGGGGGUGGUCCCAGCCUAGGCCAUGGCAAUGACUCGGGCCCUGGAAAGUGUUGAUUGAGCUCGUGGGUGGGUGAGGGGGGAUGGAGCUGGGAGCCAUGGGGCAAGUGCCCCAGUGCCCAUGGCUGCUCCAGUGCUCACCCCUGUUGCCCAGCAGCCCUGGCAGGGCAGCACGAGGGACUGUGUCCCCUUCCUGGGGGCAGCUCUGACCCCAGCCCUCUCUCCCUCCCCCCUGCUUGGCUGCCUCAGCUCAGGGCCAGUAGCCGAGAGGGGCCCUGCGGGCGGCCCCUGGGGAGGCUGGACCUCCAGGGGGACUCAGCGCUGCUCGGGGCUCAGCCCCCUUGGCGGGCAGGGCCCCAGGUGGGCCACGGCCUCACCGGAGCUGGUACGACCUGGGGCCUGGCACGGCUGCACCUCCCAUGGAUGGGCACGACCUGCCCAUGUGUGCCCAGGGCUGGGGGGGAGGGGUCAGCCUGGCCUUAUGCCCUGCUCCUGCGGGGGCUGCAGUGGAGGGGCUGGAGGCUGGUGGAACAAAGGAGGUUGUAAGCAAGGCAGCAGGCGUCCUGGCCAUGGGGCUGGAGGGUGUGUCUAGGUGGCAGGCAUCCUGGCAGUGGGGGGGCGUCCCUAGACAGCAGGCAUCCUGGCUGGGUUGGGGGGCCCAGCUGGGGGCCUGUUGACACCCCUGCCCCAUUUUUUAAAGAGCAGAGCAAAGCAACAGGCAGCUCCCGGGAAAGCCCUGGUGGGUCUUCUCCCGCCCCCGGGCCGGGCCCUCCCCCCUUGUACAGCCCCUGUAAAUAGCCCCCGCGUCCCUUAGGGUUGUGUAGAGCACCGAGCCAGAGCCUUGGGACGUUUUUAAGUUAUUCCAGCCCUGUGCGCCAGUCUGUAUUGACCCCCCAAUAAACAUAGGAAGCCUC